AUGGAAGAUCAAGGUGAGGGGCAACAGGAGACCAAUACUCCGAACCAAGCCUCCGAGAGGAGCGAGCCGGUGAGGUCAAGGUGGACUCCCAAGCCUGAGCAAAUCCUCAUCCUUGAGUCCAUCUUCAACAGUGGCAUGGUCAAUCCCCCCAAGGAGGAAACCAUCCGCAUCCGGAAGCUCCUCGAGAAGUUCGGUUCCGUCGGCGACGCAAACGUCUUCUAUUGGUUCCAGAACCGCCGCUCCAGAUCCCGCCGCCGCCAGCGCCAGAUGCAGGCCUCCCUCGAGCAGCGAAACCAGCUUCAGCCUCAACUUGCCGGUGGCGGUGCAAUUCCCUAUGAUCAUCAACCUCACACCACCUCCCCUUCUGAUCCUCUUCCUCCUGCUACUUCCGUGCCUUUUGCUGCGGCUUCUCCGUCUUUCCUUGAUCUCUCCGGUUCGUCUUCUUCUUCUUGCGGCAUGCUUGGCGGCCAAGAAGCCCUUGACGGUCUUUUCUCGGUGGCUUCUCAAAUGGGUUUCCCCGAAUUUGAUCACACUUCGGCUGCUUCUUCAGCUCUAUAUCCUCCUCCAUCUCAUGCUUCCACCUUCAACUAUCAUUCUGGACUUAUCACAGUGUUUAUCAAUGGAGUAGCAACGGAAGUUCCAAGGGGAACAUUGGACAUAAAAACAAUGUUUGGGGAGGACGUAGUGUUAGUUCAUUCCUCCGGGGUGCCACUUCCCACCAAUGAGUUUGGUUUCCUGAUGCAGAGCUUGCAGCAUGGCGAAAGCUACUUUCUGGUCUCAAAGCCAACAUGAUUAAGUAUGACCACAUACAGGCCACUAGCAGCAGUGGGA